AUACUUCGACCACCAACGACAUUCUACUGUAUAUUAACUAGACUCCCUGCAGUGUUGUGUAACUUUACUGUGGUCUGUGCAGGAUACCUCUCUAAUACCCAUUACUCUUGGUCUUAGAAGUCCUCGAACGUCCCUUUUCUCGGAGCUGUUUACCCCCGCUAUCCACAUUGGGUUUCUUGACCUUCAUACCCACUGUCACAGGCGAUUUGUUGCAUUUGCAUGCGAAGCUGUCUGCCCGACGAAGCUUUGAUAACGAUUAAAGACGGUCUCAGGAUUGCUCGUAAGUUCGAAUAUUCUCGCAGUCCGCAGUUCCUGCGAUCUGAUGGACCGUGGGCGUGCAGUUAUUCAAAUAUCUAGUUGUCACUCUGCCUCGUCCUGCAACUAGGUGCAACAAGCCACCAUGUUUGCCUUUCCUGAGCCCGGAUCUGGCUCAGGUUCCUCUCUUCCACUGCCAAUCCUAUUGCUAGCUGGUAUUGCGACCCUUGCAGCAACUGGUAUCUCUGCGACCUCGAUAUAUCUUCACCUAAAAAAUUAUCGCAAACCUAUCCUACAGCGGUAUGCAGCUUGUCUCAAUGGUAUACUCUGGGGAUCAUUGACAAUUCCUAGGAUGGUCGUUCGAAUCAUGCUCAUGGUCCCCCUCUACGCCAUAUCAUCCUUCAUAUCGCUGUUCUCUCUUCAAGCAGCAUUCUUCAUUGAUGCUGUCAGAGACAUAUACGAGGCCUUCGUCAUAUACUGUUUCUUCGACCUGCUCAUCGCAUAUCUGGGCGGUGAACGCUCACUCCUGAUUCUCCUACACGGUCGACCCCCCAAAUAUCCCGUAUUUCCGGGCAGCAUAUUUUGGAGAGAAGUGGAUGUUAGCGACCCCCACACAUUCUUGUUUCUGAAACGAGGUGUACUCCAGUACGUGCAGGUGAAGCCGAUACUGGCUUUGGCAACCAUUAUCCUGAAGGCUACUGGAAAGUUCAACGAAGGUGACUUGAGAUGGGACUCGGGUUAUCUCUACGUCAGCACCGUGUACAACGUUAGCAUCUGUAUGGCGCUCUAUUGCCUCGCUAUCUUCUGGAUGUGUGUCAACGACGAUCUAAAACCUUUCCGACCCAUGCCGAAGUUCCUUUGCGUAAAAGGAAUUCUCUUCUUCUGUUUCUGGCAGUCGCUCUUUAUCUCUAUUCUUGUCACGGCUGGAGCGAUUAAACGUCUCGGACCCUACACCGACAUCGAACAUGUCUCUCUCGGUCUCACAGAUAUUCUCAUCUGUCUCGAGAUGCCCUUCUUUGCGAUCGCUCAUCAAUACGCUUUCAGCACACGAGAUUUCGUAGACCCACACGCCAAGUAUGUUGCACGCAUGCCCGUAUUUUAUGCCUCCCGAGAUGCUUUUGGUGUCAAAGACGUAGCCGAAGACAUCAAAGCGACUCUCAAAGGUGAGGGUAUGGACUACAGGGCGUUUGAACCAAGUGAGGGGUACAUGCAUCAAGGUGCCGGACGUGAUAGACGGAUUCGGGCGGGAUUGAGGUAUAGUCAGGGUGGUAAAAGGAAAUACUGGUUGCCCCAGCCAACGAGGGAUACCCGCUCACCGACUACUGCGGAACACAGAGUUAAUAGGGCCGUCGGGAGGAUUGCUAGACGUCUGCCCCAAGAUGAAGAUGUGUACGCGCCACUGUUGCCUGACCAAGCUGAAGACGUUGUGCAUACUGCGCCGGAUUUGCAAUCUCCAGAGUCGGAACAGGAUUUCUUCCUCGAACAUAGGGAAGUGGUUGACGAAGGUCUUGAUUUACCUUUUGGCGAUCUGGACCCUGCAGACGAAGAGUUGUUCGACUAUAGCAAGAAGUACAUCUUUGGUGACUACAACUACCCUUGUAUCGACGUCUCCUCCGAAUCAGCACGAGUAGCUGUCUGGAAUGAAGAGGAACGUAUAUUAAGGCACGAACGCGGGGCCUACUUCUCACCUAUACUCGGACCGAGGAGAACCUUUGGCGGGCAGAGGCAGAGGGAUGGAUAUGGCGCCGUUGGGAGUUUCCAGAGGAGUGCUGUUAGGGUACGACAGGACUCGGAUACUGGGAGCGAGAGGGAUAAAGGAAAGAGUAGGGACGUGGUUAUCGACAAGGAACAAGAUCGGAUACCUGCACUUUCCCCCGAUGAGGUGCAUUUGAAAUGGACGCGAACGAAAGGAGCGUCACCGAUACAAUCGCCUCGGAUACGCAAACUUUCUAAUCAAGGCCGAAGUUCAUCCGCUUCUUCUAACCCCUCGUCAGGUUCAUCGUCUUCGAGUCCACGGGAUCGACCACCGCCUUCUCCACGGAAAGAAAACGAACGACCGACCCUACCUCCAGAUGCCGUAGAUCUGGUCGUUGAAGACCCACAUGCGGCUGAAAAGGAAAUGACGCAUGAGCGACGGAAAGGUGAACCAGCCGUCCGAGGUACCGUAGGUCUGCGGAAAGUCUAUCGACGUGGAUAUGUCGUAGACGACCCUGAAGGUCGGAAGGAAGGUGAAGUGGAAAUCGAGCAACCGAUUACUCCGACUGCCGAGGAACGGGAAAACGAGAAUGGUGAUGCGAGAUUUAGUGUGGGAGACGAUGUGGAUGAGAUCAUGGAAGUUGAGCAUGAAGCUGUGGAGGCAGUUGAAGAUGUAGAGAGGACAGUGGCGAGAGUGGAGACUCCGCCUGCACAUGCAAGGAUCGUCGUGGAUCAUUAUACCAUACCUGGUGACGAUAAUCCUUGGGCGUAGACGAAGUUUGGAUGUGGGAACGAGACUUUGACUGGAACGAUGCUGUGAUAUAUACCAGUGAGAUUCGUUUCCUGUACUAUAUUCACUGUUGUUUUUUUGGAUGUAUUUUAUCAUUAUGGGUUUUCUACAGGAUCACGAUCGAAUACGAUUUCUGGGGACGAACGCAGCGAAUCGCUAUCUACAGCCCGGUGUAUUCAUGGAUGUGCAAAUAGCGUCUGUGAUCACCACGACGUUUAGAGACCCAGCCUUCGACUGUCCCGUCGAAAUACACGUCCAUCUUCCAAGUUCCUGUGCCGACUCACUUCUCGUCUAGCGAGACAGCCCGCCACUCGAUGAAAGUCUCAUGAAAUUGGAAAUCAACGAUGCGGGAGACCCAAGUAUUCAUGCCUAGGCACGCUCAUGUUUGAGCACUGCACGCUAUCUGGUCACAACAUCUCUCACCUUCCUGGUACUAGAUCAUCGUCUGGGAUAUAGUUUGCUCCGCCAUAGGUUUUUGGGUCCACAUUCUCGUUAUAGAACUGGUAGACUCUGAAAUUCAGAUCUUCCCCAUGUCGAAAUUCAACCUGCGAUAAUAAUGGAGUGGUC